UGUCUGUUGUACUUGUCAUUCCAGUCCCAGGAAUUCACGAGCUCCAGAGAACGAGCGGCUCGACUCCACGGUUGACCCCGAAAUCGCGUCAUUGUCUCCGGGGAAAGGUUCGAGGGCACGUCGCCUGUUGUCGGAGCCGGAGAAGUGUCGAGGGAAGCGGCCGCUGCGGACUCCGGUAGGAUGCAGAUGUGAAGUUCAGACCCACGCCACCUCCUUCUGCAGCCCCCCCCUCCCCACCUCCCACUGAGCACCUCCUCUUCAUCCCCCUCCAUCGUCUCCAUACAUGCGUUUACAUGAAGAGAGGGGAGAAACCCGAAGGAUACCGACAGAUGAGGCCCAAAACUUUCCCCGCCAGCAACUACAGCGGUAACAGCCAGCAAAUGCUGCAGGAAAUAAGGAACAGCCUGCGCAACCUCACCAAACCCUCGGAGCCGCCGAAAGUGGACGUCGGUGGCGCCGGGAAAAUGGUCCCCGAGGAUCCGAGGCAGCAAGGGCGCUGCAUCAACCCCAAGAACCCCUACCACAAGGCCCUGCAGGAGAUCCGCAAGUCCCUGAUGCCCUUUGCCAAUGAACCCAACAGCUCGGGGCCCGAGGCCAACAAGCACAUGUCGCUGGACGCCCCCCCGUUCAUCGGGUUCGAGGAGCCGAGCAACAGUCGAAAUGUGGGCGUGUCUUUAGACUACAUGGGUAAGAUGACCUAUCAGGACGCAAUGAGGGAUCAGAUGGUCGUCAACAACCCCAACACAACAGGCCUGAAAGCCCCAGGUUCUUCCCACAUGCCUGUGCUGAGGAGGCCGAGCUGGAAAGGCUCUAAGGAGUCUCUGGCUCCCCGACACGGCCCCAUCAUGGUCGAUGGAAUAAUCUACCGCUCCGACAGCCCCGGACCACCGCCCGCCUUCCCCCAGGGUCACCCUGCGAACAACCAGAGAGUCAACCCUCCGAUGCCACCUCAGGUGCGCAGUGUGACGCCUCCACCCAAUCGUGGUGCCAUGCCUCCUUCCACGUCCUGGGACAGCAACCCGUCAACCAAGCGCUACUCUGGUAACAUGGAUUACCUGGUGCCCCGUAUCUCACCAGUACCUCAGGGGGCGUGGCCUGAUGGCUACUCAUCCGCAGCCUCUCAGAACCAGCGUGGGAUCAGCCCAGUGUCUGUGGGCCACCAGCCCAUCAUAAUGCAAAGUUCUGGAGGGAGUAAGUUCACCUUCCCCUCCAGCUGGUCCCAGAAUGGCUCUACUCAGCCAGACUACAUGGCGGGGAACAGCCGACAGCCCCCUCCCCCAUACCCAGUCAACCAGAGCAGCCGGCACAGUCCCACUGAUCAGAUGGGAGGACCCGCAUCCUCUCCCUCCUACUUAAACGGUGGAAACAUCCCUCAGUCCCUGAUGGUACCCAGCCGCAACAGUCACAACCUUGAUUUGUGCAACUUAGGCCCCCCUCAGUCCUGGUCUCAGCCCCCUCUGGUCCCAAAUCAGCCUCAGUCCUCCUCCGGCAACAGCAGCAACCAGGAUCUGUCCCCAUCGUGGCAACACAACAUGCCAGUCCGCUCCAGCUCCUUCAACAACCACCAGCUGAAUGGCAGAGCACCGCACCCGGCCAACUCCCAGCCCUCAGCCACCACCGUCACUGCCAUCACCCAAGCUCCCAUCCUGCAGCCAGUGAAAAGCAUGCGUGUUCACAAACCUGAGUUACACACGGCUGUGGCGCCCACACACCCUCCAUGGCUGCAGCAGGCUCCACCCCCUCCAGCUGCACCGGCCUACCAGGAGCCCCCAGCUCCUGCUCCUCAGAUCCCUGUAGCAGCAGAAGUACCCAGCUACCAGGGUCCUCCUCCACCCUACCCUAAGCACCUCCUCCAGCAGGCGCCUGCACCUUUACCCCCAGCGUACGAUCUGGGCGCCAAUAAGCUCGGCUCUGGCAGGGACGAGCCGGCGGAGGAGGAGAGCAGCGGAGGAGACAACUCCAGAGACAAGACGGCAGAAAACAGCAAAAGUGCCACAGCGACAGAGAAGGAGAAUAAACAGAUCACGACUUCGCCGGUUCCCGUCCGCCGUAAAAAGAAAGACGAGGAGCCGAGGGGCGAGUCGGGCCGGAUCGCUCUGUACUCCCCUCAGGCCUUCAAGUUCUUCAUGGAGCAGCACGUGGAGAACGUCCUGAAGAACCACCAGCAGCGGAUCCGACGGAGGAAGCAGCUGGAGAGUGAGAUGAACCGGGUGGGUCUGUCUUCAGAAGCCCAGGAGCAGAUGCGUAUGAUGCUCUGUCAGAAAGAGUCCAACUACAUUCGGCUGAAGCGAGCCAAGAUGGACAAGUCCAUGUUCAAACGGAUCAAGACCCUCGGCAUCGGCGCGUUCGGCGAGGUGUGUUUGGCCCGAAAAGAGGACACGGGCGCUCUGUACGCCAUGAAGACGCUCCGCAAGAAGGACGUGCUGCUGAGGAACCAGGUGGCCCACGUCAAGGCCGAGAGGGACAUCCUGGCCGAGGCCGACAACGAGUGGGUGGUGCGUCUCUACUACUCCUUCCAAGACAAGGACAACCUGUACUUUGUCAUGGAGUACAUCCCCGGAGGAGACAUGAUGAGUCUCCUCAUCCGACUCGGCAUCUUCAAGGAGGAGCUGGCUCAGUUCUACAUCGCAGAGCUCACCUGCGCCGUGGAGAGCGUCCACAAGAUGGGCUUCAUCCACCGGGACAUCAAACCCGACAACAUCCUCAUCGACCGGGACGGACACAUAAAGCUGACCGACUUCGGUCUCUGCACUGGUUUCCGCUGGACGCACGACUCCAAGUAUUACCAGAGCGGCGACCACGUGCGGCAGGACAGCAUGGACUUCAGUAAGGAGUGGGAGGACCCGACCGACUGCCGCUGCACCGACCGGCUGAAGCCCCUGGAGAGGAGGAAGGCCCGGCAGCACCAGCGCUGUCUGGCUCACUCGCUCGUGGGGACGCCCAACUACAUCGCCCCGGAGGUGCUGCUCCGAACAGGAUACACGCAGCUCUGUGAUUGGUGGAGUGUCGGUGUCAUCCUCUAUGAGAUGGUUGUAGGACAGCCUCCCUACUUAGCAACCACGCCCCUGGAGACGCAGCUGAAGGUGAUAAACUGGAAGAGCACGCUGCACAUUCCCCCCCAAGCCAAGCUCAGCCCGGAGGCGUCGGACCUCAUCAUCAAGCUGUGCCGAGGUCCCGAGGACCGCAUCGGCAAGAACGGCGCGGACGAGAUCAAAGCCCACGUGUUCUUCAGGACCAUCGACUUCUCCAGUGACCAGCGGCAGCAGGUGGCGCCGUACAUCCCCACCAUCGCCCACUCCACGGACACGUCCAACUUCGACCCCGUGGACCCGGACAAGCUGUGGAGCGAGGACAGCGGCGGCGAGGACAACCUCAACGACACGCUCAACGGCUGGUUCCGCAACGGCAAGCACCCGGAGCACGCCUUCUACGAGUUCACCUUCCGCCGCUUCUUCGACGACAACGGCCAUCCGUACAGCUGCCCCAAGCCCAUCGAGUACGAGGGCUACGACGACGAGGCCGAGGCCGAGGGCCCGGCCAAGCAGGAGGCGGCGGCCGGCAGCUCGGCGACACCGGGCCGAGACCUGGUCUACGUGUAGCACCCGCCUGCGCCGCUUGUACAUAGCGAGUUUGCUGAAGGUGUGAGUGUGUGAGUGUGUGUGUGUGUGUGUGUGUGUGUGUGUGUGUGUGUGUGUGUGGAGGGGGUUUGAACAGAUCAGCAUUUAAAACCUUAAACAUAGGAAAGUGUGUUAUUAGGACGAGUCAGAGAUCAAAUCAACAAACUUUAAGUAUUCACACAGCGACUUAAAGGAACCGUUAAAACACUAAUUUUCUUUUUCACUAAGCGCUCGUUGAGAAGAUUCCUGCGUCUCGGGUUUGUACGAUAAGUGUGACGCUGGUUAGCUAAGCAGAAACACUGGGAACUGUGGGACUGGGAAGACAUUAAAGGUCUCAGCCUGAAGGAUUGUUGACUAUUUGUUUUGUCCAUACACACUUAGUGUUUCCCAUUAGCAACAGAGACUUCAGGGCUUUGGUCCAAUUUGUCCCACGGUCUCAUAAUCCAUCUAUUAUCUAUUCCACUCGCCCUUUCGAGGGAGGGGGGGGGGGCUAAACACUAAAAUCAACCAACACUACAAAACCCAAUGAUGUUGUGUGAUAAAGUUACAACAUGUGUCUUCUGGAAACUCUGAGGAAACGCCACAACUUAUUUAAACUGGUUUAUGGAUGAAACACGUUGAACCAGCAGGUUCAAAGGUUUUCACUCUUCUCCUCUCGCCUCAUGAAGCCGGUUCCUGUUAAAGUCAGGGUUCUGUUUCUCUGACUGAAUCCGAAUCCCCCUUUUAAAGCCCUAAUUUAUUUAAGAGAGUUGUAACUGGUGACGUUAGUGUAGCUGCUGUUUGAGUGCGGGGACUUCUGUUGGUUUAAAAAAUAAAAAAUAAGAAUAGAAAAUCGUCUUAAUUUAUAUUCCACUGUCUGUUGCGAUGGGGGGGGUGUAGUGCUGUAGAAGUUUGCAGGGAGAAAACCGCUCUAAUUAUUCAUUGCUGUGCCUUUUUCUUUUUCUUUCACCAAAUAUAAAGAGGGUUAAUAAUCAGACGUUAAAAUGAGAGUAGCAGUAGCGUGAUUGAUCUACACUAGUUGUUUUAUUUUUCUAAUUUAUACGUAAAGAAGUGUAUUUAUAAAUUAAGUUGUACACAGUUGAUGUAAAUAUGUUUCUCUUCCCGUCAGCUGCUUUGUGUUGUUUUGUUUAGGGCAGGCCCUCGUCAGUGUCGCUGCUGCUGCUGCCUCCAUGUUGUCGUCUUCCUGUCUCACAACACACACAAAUCACUAAUUCACACAUUUAAAACUUUUUUGUAAAAAUGAUUCUUCCAUCGCUGUUCACCCGGUUAUUCUCAUCUCUCGACCAAAGCACUAAAUAGGUGUUUCUUUUUGUUUUUAGAAAAUAACACUGCAAGAACAAAGAUGACAUUAUUUCAGUAUCGAGCAGAAAAUGCCUAUUUUUCACACUUUCUGUCUUUGAGCAACACAAUUUGCGUCACGUGACAAGUUCUGUGUGCGUCUGAAGUAAAAGUGUAAAAACACAAACUGGUGGUUCUGUAAACCCGCUGUACUUUGUUCUUUGCAUUGAGGAAAUUCUCUCUGAAUGUAGUUGUUGACUUGAUGGUGAUUGUGCACUGCUUCUGUGUUUUCAUUGUUAAGUGAGAGAAUGUUUAUUUUUGUGUACAUUACUGCUGCGGGAGGUUUGGGUUCAGGGACAAGGUGAUAAAUAAAGAAUGUAAAGAACAAAACAUGAUGUACAUCCA